CCUUCUGUUUCUUCUUUAUCUCGUUUGUAUCGGCUUCUGUUUCUUCCUUCUAAGUUCCUUCUUCUUCUCUAGUUUGUAUUGCUCAACGGAAUUUGAAGGGAUGUCGAUAGCUUCGGUCGGUUCCUGUGCUCCGAUGAUCGCCGGCGAUGAAGUCGAUUCGAUUUCAGCUGGUUUCAAUGGUAACAAGGUGGAGAUAGCUAUUCCUUUCGAGAGGGCAGCAGGUGGAAGCGGAGACGACGGUGUCUAUGAGACGAAAGUGAGGGUUGAGGUUCCUAUUCCGAGGAACUGGUUGAUUCCGUCGGCUAGAUCGACUGAUCAUUCUAAGUUGUUGGUUCAAAACCACCGGAAUUUCAAGGAGAGUGGGAUGCCGGUGAGGUUUAUGGUGUUUAAGGAUGGAUCGUGGGUGGAUUUCGAGAAAAAAACCAUGGAUGUGCUGGUUUCAGCUUUUGUGAGUGGCGAGGCUAUGGUUGAGAUGGAAAUGGAAGGGUGUAAAUUGAUUUUUGAUUUUUAUCGAAUGAUAGGAAUCAAUUUGGACAGUGGGAAUGAGCUGCCCAUCGCUUGGAUUGAUGUCGGUGGUAAGGGUUUUUACCCUAAGGUCUUCAUUGAGGGUUCAGAAAAUCUCGAUAAAAACGAGGUAAAUGUUGAUGAAAAGUUCUCCUCGGAGAAUCGUAAGAUUGAACUUGAGAUAAAAAUCAUUGAAAGGAACUCAGCUGGAGACGAGUUAGGAAAGAGGAAGAGGGAAAGUGAGGAAAACGAAGUGAUGAGGGAAGUAGGCAGUUCAUCUAGGAAUGUGAUAGAGCAGCGUGUUGUCUCUACGCCUACUGAAUUGCUUUCACCAAAGUGGCCUAGGACAAGGUCAUUGGGGAACGAGGAGGAAAACUAUCGGAAGGUAAGGGGUUUACUGUUUUCUGUUUUGAAAGCUGGUGUUACAGUCACUGCUGUUCAUCAGUGCACUAGAACCGGGCCAGUGGAACAGGCCCGGUUUGAAGUUUUCAGAAAUAAUGUGCAGAUAGUUAAAAGAGCUAGAGGGGACGCCAGGGUUGAGUAUGCCUGGUAUGGGACCUCGUCGGCGAAAAUGGUUAGUGUCAUGUGGCGUGGUUUUCAAAUGCAGAGAAUUGUUCCCGGUUACCAUACUCACGGUGUUGGUAUCUACCUGUCGCCUUUAUGCUCACCUCAAAAUAGUGAAAUGAUGUGCGAGAUAGAUGAAAAUGGUGAAAAGCAUAUCAUGUUAUGUCGAGUUAUAUUGGGAAAGCUCGAGAAGGUUGAGUUAGGAUCUCAGCAGCUGUUUCCGUCAAGUGCGGAUUUUGAUACUGGAGUUGAUGACUUAAUCAAUCCAAAGCUGCAUGUGGUAUGGUGUAGCAAUAUGAACACCCACAUUCUACCAUUGUUUAUAGUCAGUUAUAAAUCUGGUUUUCAUAUGUCAGGUCGACUGAAUGGUGGUGCUCAUGCUCAUAGCGCAUUGAUUCUAUUAAAGCUACAGAGUUCACUUCCCCCACCAAAAAAUCUGGAGUUCCAAAGUUUGUAUAGCUCCUAUCAGGAAGGCAAAGUAGGGAAAGAAAUUUUCAUGACACAGUUACGAUCUCUUGUUGGUGAGGACUUGUUGCAUUCAAUUAUUCAGGAAGUCCAUGGCUGAGAUGAGGUUCUUUUUGUGUAAUUUUGUUGGGAUGAAAUGGGAUGUUUUCUCAUUGAUAAGUCCAACUUGUACAAAAGAAGUUGUUCUAGUGAUAAUAUUAAAAGGCUCAGGAUGUUUUUGCCUUUUAAUGAAGUAAAACCUGUUCAAACAAC